UGGUACUCUUUAACUCCUUUCUCUUAAACCCUAAGUUUGAUUACUUGCUAUGUAAUAACAUACUUGGUUUUUAGUGAAAGCUCGUCUCUGUUUAUGAUGAUGAAUCUUAUUGUUGGGUUAAUUGCAAGGUUGGUGCUUUGAAUAUAAUGUCAGAGACUACUGUUGAGUUAUGCCUAGAGCUGUCCGAAGAUGAUCCCUUUUAUCAACAUAAAAAGAAGCUCUUGAGUAGCAAAGGUUUAGGAGUAAAGGAAACAAUGAGUCUUAGUGGACCAUUGUCUCAAGAGUUACUGAAUGCUGCAUUAGAAAAGCUGCUUCAGUUUGGAAGAAUAGUUAACCUCGACAAGGUGGAAGUUUACUUUGGCGAUGAUGCUUGCACUCCAGCUGGAGUUUACAGCGUUAGAAACGAAAUCUCAGCUCUCACCUGGAUCUUUUCCCUCAUCCCAGCUUCUUCUUGUAAACCACAAACAUUGGAAGCAGCCCUACGAGAAGCUGUAGAAGUUAGAAUCGGUGAGGUUGUUGGAGCAGAAGAGAAGGAAGCUAGAGUUGAUGAUAGCUAUAGAUGCGAGAAGGAAAUCAUAUUAGUAGAAUGGUGUCAGAGAAAUGGAGUCAAAACCAAACUGCAGAUAGCUCAGAUCGAUGGCUAUGGACGUGGAGCUAUAGCUACUGAAGACUUGAAAUUUGGAGAUGUUGCUUUAGAGAUACCAAUCUCAAGUAUCAUCUCUGAGGAGCAUGUGUACAACUCUGACAUGCACCAAAUACUGGAGAAGAUAGAUGGGAUGACAUCUGAGACAAUGAUGCUCUUAUGGACAAUGAGGGAGAAGCAUAACCAUGAGUCUAAAUUCAAACCAUACUUUGACUCUCUUCAGGAGAGUUUCUGCACCGGUUUGAGUUUUGGGGUGGAUGCCAUCAUGGUGCUUGAUGGUACACUGCUCUUAGAUGAGAUAAUGCAAUCUAAAGAGGUUUUGCGUGAGAGGUAUAAUGAACUGAUACCUCUUCUAUCGAACCACAAGAAUGUAUUUCCACCGGAGAUGUACACAUGGGAGCAUUACUUAUGGGCUUGUGAGUUGUAUUACUCCAACAGCAUACAAAUCAAGUUCCCUGAUGGAAAGCUAAAGACUUGCUUGAUUCCUGUCGCCGGUUUUCUCAACCAUUCGACAUGCCCACACAUAGUGAAAUAUGGGAAAGUAGAUUUGGAAACAAGUUCACUGAAGUUCCCAGUUUCAAGACCUUGCAACAGAGGGGAACAAUGUUAUCUUAGCUACGGAAACUACUCUAGUUCUCAUCUGUUAACGUUCUACGGGUUUCUACCAAAAGGAGAUAACCCUUAUGACAUCAUUCCCUUAGAUGUUGAUGUCAUUCAUGAUGAUGAUGAUGAUGAUGAUGAAGACAUGGAGAGUGAGUCUUCUUGGACAACUCACAUGUUACGUGGGACAUGGCUCUCUAGCAAUCACAACAUCUUCCACUAUGGCUUGCCUACUCCGUUGUUGAACUACUUGCGGAGAGCUCAUGGUCUUGUUCAUCAUUCCGAAACAGAUCUAUGGGAGAACUUGGAAGUAGAGAUGGGAGUACUCGAGAAUCUCAAAUCCACAUUUGACGACAUGAUGCAAAAUCUUGGCGAUGCUGAUUCUAUGGACAGAGAAAACGUGGAGUGGGAUGUUGAAAUGGCGAUGGAGUUCAAAGAGCGGCAGAGAAAGAUUGUCUCCUCCAUUCUUGAUUCUUGUUCUGCUGGUAUCAAAAUGGUUCAAGAAGCAAUAACUAAACCACCGGUUUAAUCAAGUCAGGAAGAGAAAACCGGUCCUGGAAAGGAGAUGAGAACCGGAUCUUGGAUUUGGUUUCACUGAGAAUUAUAUUUCAGGGGAAAAAUAAUAAUUAAACAGUCUUUUGAGUUAUAACUUUGAAUCAGUUGAAAGUUUAAAACCAAGAUGGACAGUCUCGGAUAUUAUAUAACACGAAACCUAAGCGUGUGGUACGCA